CUAGACCGGAACCGGAAGUUUCUGGACGCGAGGGGGUGGGGCCGAAAAAAAUCAAAAAAAGCGCGGUGAAAACUGGAAACCCAAACUGGCCGGGUGGUGGUGACUCCCUGGCGGUCCCGUGGCGGCUCCUGAUGGACUCCACCGCCUGCUUGAAGUCCCUGCUCCUGACCAUCAGUCAGUAUAAAGCCGUUAAGUCGGAGGCGAACGCGACCCAGCUUUUGCGGCACUUGGAGGUAAUUUCUGGACAGAAGCUCACACGAUUAUUUACGUCAAAUCAAAUAUUACCAAGUGAAUGCUUGAGUUGCCUUGUAGAGCUACUUGAAGACCCAAACAUAAAUGCACCACUGAUCUUCAGUAUCAUCAGUUUGUUAUCUCAAUUAGCUGCAGACAAUGAAACCAGAGACUAUCUUCAGAAUACAUAUAACCUGAAUAAUGUGUUGGCAGGAGUGGUAUGUCGCAGCAGCACUUGCCACAGUGAUUCAGUGUUUUUGCAGUGCAUUCAACUUCUGCAGAAGUUAACAUAUAACGUCAAAAUUUUCCAUUCUGGUGCAAAUAUAGAUGACUUAAUUAUAUUCCUGAUAGAUCAUAUUCAGUCUUCUGAAGAUGAGUUAACAAUGCCUUGUUUGGGAUUAUUGGCAAAUCUUUGUCGGCACAAUCUUUCUGUUCAAACACACAUAAAGACUUUGAAUAAUGUGAAAUCUUUUUAUCGAACACUUAUAAGCUUCUUGGCCCAUAGUAGUUUAACUGUAGUUGUGUUUGCACUUUCAAUAUUAUCCAGUUUGACAUUAAACGAAGAGGUUGGGGAAAAGUUGUUCCAUGCUCGAAACAUUCAUCAGACUUUUCAACUAAUAUUUAAUAUUCUCAUUAAUGGUGAUGGCACACUAACCAGAAAGUAUUCAGUUGACCUACUGAUGGAUCUCCUUAAGAAUCCUAAAAUUGCUGAUUAUCUUACCAGGUAUGAGCACUUUUCUUCAUGUCUUAAUCAAGUAUUAGGUCUUCUUAAUGGAAAGGAUCCUGAUUCUUCUUCAAAGGUUUUAGAAUUACUUCUUGCCUUCUGUUCAGUGACUCAGCUGCGCCAUGUGCUCACUCAGAUGAUAUUUGAACAAUCUUCAUCUGGCAACACUGUUCUGGGAAGCCGUUCUAAAUGUGCAGAACCUACUGUAGCUCUACUUCGUUGGUCAAGCCAACCCUUGGAUGGAUCAGAAAACUGUUCUAUUUUAGCAUUGGAGCUGUUUAAGGAAAUAUUUGAGGAUGUCAUAGAUAGUGCUAACAGUUCCUUAGCUGACCGUUUUGUGACCCUUCUGCUGCCUACAGUCCUUGAUCAGCUUCAGUUCACAGAUCAAAAUCUAGAUGAGGCCUUAAUAAGAAAAAAAUGUGAAAGGAUGAUCAAAGCCACUGAAGUUUUAUUAACUCUAUGUGGAGAUGACACUCUAAAAGUGAAUGUUGCAAAAAUUCUGACUACUGUCAAAUGUACCACUCUGAUAGAACAACAGUUUACAUAUGGCAAGAUUGAUCUGGGGUUUGGAACAAAGGUCGCUGAUUCUGAAUUGGGCAAACUUGCUGCUGAUGUAAUUUUGAAAACUCUUGAUUUAAUGAACAGACUUAAACAUUUAGUUCCUGGUAUGGAAGUAAGCUUCUACAAAAUCCUUCAGGAUCCACGCCUGAUAACUCCCUUGGCUUUUGCUUUAACAUCAGAUAAUAGAGAACAAGUCCAGUCUGGAUUGGGAAUAUUAUUGGAAGCUGCUCCACUGCCAGAUUUUCCUGCUUUAGUACUUGGAGAAAGUAUAGCAGCAAACAAUGCCUAUAGACAACAGGAAACAGAACAUAUGCCCAGAAGAAUGCCUUUGCAAUCAUUAAAUCACAGUUUUCCAACAUCAGUAAAAUGUUCAACUCCUCCAGUUUUGAAAGAUAAAAUUCCUGGAUUGAACAUUGAGGACUUAAUAGAGAAACUUCAGUCUGGAGUGGUGGUAAAGGAUCAGAUUAAUGACGUGAGACUAUCUGACAUAAUAGAUGUAUAUGAGAUGAAACUGUCUACAUUAGCUUCCAAAGACAGCAGGCUACAAGAUCUCUUGGAAGCAAAAGCUCUAGCCCUUGCACAGGCUGAUAGACUGAUUGCUCAAUAUCGCUGUCAAAGAACUCAAGCUGAGACAGAGGCACGGACACUUGCUGGUAUGUUGAGAGAAGUUGAAAGAAAAAAUGAAGAGCUUGGUGCAUUGCUGAAGUCACAGCAGGCUGAAUCAGAAAGAGCCCAGAGUGACAUAGAGCAUCUCUUUCAACAUAAUAGGAAGUUACAAUCUGUGGCUGAAGAACAUGAAAUACUGACAAAAUCCUACAUGGAACUUCUUCAGAGGAAUGAAACUACUGAAAAGAAGAAUAAAGAGUUGCAGAUCACAUGUGAUUCUCUGAAGAAACAAAUUGAGACAGUGAAAAAGCUGAAUGAGUCACUCAAGCAACAAAAUGAAAAAACUGUUGCCCAAUUAAUAGAAAUAGAAGAACAGAGAAAAGAAGUACAGAACCAACUAGUAGACAGAGAAUGUAAACUAGCAAACUUGCAACAAAAGACAAAAGUACAAGAAGAAAAAAUUAAAGUCUUACAAAAAGAAAGGGAAGAUAAGGAAGAAACCAUUGAUAUCCUUAGAAAAGAAGUAAGCAGAUCAGAACAUAUAAGAAAAGAAUUGAGCAUUAAGGCUUCCUCACUAGAGGUUCAGAAGUCCCAAUUAGAAGGUCGUUUGGAAGAGAAAGAGUCACAAGUAAAACUUCAGCAAGAGGAGUUGAACAAACACUCUCAUAUGAUAGCAAUGAUCCACAGUUUAAGUGGUGGAAAAAUAAAUCCAGAAACUGUGAAUCUCAGUUUAUAGACAUUAUGUAUUUAUCUCCUGGUGGACAUGGGGUGGAGGAGAUAAUUUCUGACUCCACCAAAAAAAUAGCACAUUAUUAGCUAAUUAUUAAUUUAGUAAAGAAACUGAACUGAUACAUGGUUUUAUUUGGUCUUAAAGUUUUACUUCCUGUUUUUUACUUUUAUUGCGUAGUUUUCUUUGAUUCCUAAAUUAGAAUAUUAUUCUUAACCUCCAUUAUUGUCUUUUCUAAGAUUUUUCUCCUUUUGUUGCUUCCCACUCUCUUCUCCUUGUUUGAUUUAGUCUUAUUUGUGAUUAUGUAGAUUUUAAAAAUCAAACUUGCUUGAUAUAACAAUCCUAAAGAUUAAUAAAUUGAAAAUGUGUUUAGUAAAAAGAGAAAAGGCAUGAUGCAGCCAGAGAACUCUUUCUCUAAAGUAACACAAGAGAAAAUAUCAGUGAAUUUAAUAUAAUUUUAUUACUACAUUUAAAGUGCACAGAUAGCCUUAGCUGGUUUGGUUCAGUGGAUGGAGCAUCAGCAUGCAGGUUCGAUUUCAGUCAAGAGUACAUGUUUGAGUUGUGGGCUUGAUCCCCAGUAGAGGGCAUGCAGGGGGCAGCCGAUCAAUGAUUCUCAUCAUUGAUGUUUCUAUCUCUCCCUCUUCUUUACUACCUGAAAUCAAUAAAACAUAUAUCUUUAAAAAUUAAAAAAUAAAGUGCACUAAGAUAUAUGGUAUAAGUUCUAAAUUUAAAAAAAAAUUCAAUGAAUAUAAAAGGAAUAAUGUAUAAAAAUUAGAAAGUAGCUGAUGUAUAAAAAUGACUGUCAUUUGUCACAUAUAAAACUAAUACUUUGCAGAAUUAUUUAUGAAAUAGCUUUAGUCUUACUCUUUAAAAUGUUGUAUGUUGGCCCACCCAUCUCAUUUCAAUCCAUUAUGAAUUUAAGAUUUAUGUUGUAUAACUUGGAUUCUAUUCUUGCUACAUAUUCAGAAAUUUAUUUGUUGUUAGUUCUGAUGUGAAUUUUAAAGCGUAAGUUAAAUAUUCUUCAUGUUUCUCUUUAACACAAGGGAAUUUUUCAGUACUCUUCAUUUGAAUCAAAUGUUAUAAAUAGUGUUUAAGAAGAGACUUUAUAUCAAUAUUUUGGUUGAAUUUAUUGCUACAUUCAUAGCUAUUAAUUUUACUUGCUUUUUUCACUAUGUCUAUUUAACUUAGGUAAACUUAAUUUACUUUUCUAUUUUUUUAUUUUUCAAUUAUAGUAUAUCUGAAUUUAUGUUUAGAAAUUAAACAUUUUUGUAAUUUGUUAAUUAUAUUAAACCAGUAUCCCGGUGAUGGAUUCGUGCACAUUGAAAAAGGAAAUUAAUUAGAAGAAAUAUUUUAAUAUCACUAUUCGUGUCUUGCUAAUGAAAAGAAAAUAGGAUUCUACCGAGUCUCCUAUCUACCUACUCCAGGACUUCUGUGAGGAUCAAAUGAGAUGAGGCAUGGGAAAACACUUCACAAACAUUUGGUUAAACUGUAAAAUGUUUGCACCUGGCUAUAAAGCAAGUUAGGUUCCUGGGCUGAAAAAACUCCAAGGAUGCUAGUUGCUAGGGUGAGGAAGCCAGGCGUUGCUAUGUCACGUCAUUACCUAGCACCCACAGCCACCAUUUCUGGGCUAGGGUGGGCUAUGGGCUGCAUUUUGCGCCAUGGGGUCUUGGCAGUGUUGGCUGCAAUUUGGUGGGGUCUCACUCAGGGUGGUGGCGGGGCCUGUGUCCCACUUGGGGGAAGCCAAGUGUUGGUUUGGCUGCAUCAGGUCUGUGGUGCUGUUUAUUUUUAAAUGGCCUGUCGCUAGGAAGAAGAAGGCAGGCGUUGCUACGUGACGUCAUUACCCAGUGCCCACAGUGACCGUUUCCAGGAUGGGCUAGUCUGUGGGCUGCAUUUUGCACCAUGGGGUCUUGGCAGCAUUGGUUGCAAUUUGUUGGGGUGUCACUCCAGGGUGGUGGCAGUGCCUGGGUUCCACCUAGGGGAAGCCAAGUGUUACUUGUUGGUGCCAGGUUCACAGUGCCAUUUAUUUGUAAAUGGCCAGUGCGCGUCACAGCAGCUCCUGCAUUGAGUGUCUGCCCCCUGGUGGACAGUGCAUGUCAUAGCUACUGGUCGGAUGGAUACUUAGCCUUUUAUAUCUAUACUAGAGGCCUGUUGCACGAAAAGAUUUGUGCAAUAGGCCUUCCCUUCCCCUGG